GUUUCCAUGUUGCCAUGCUAGCUGGCUCCUAUUCAGUAACUCAACUGCUAGAUGAAAACUGGCACAUUAAAAAAGCAGCUUUGUGGAGAGGCACCCAUGCAUUAUAUCCCACCCCUUCCAUCCCUGAGCGUGUUUCUGCCCUUGUCGGAUCCUGUGUUGUCAUCCCCUGCUCCUUUACACGCCUCACCAUUCACUCUGUAAAGAGCGUGCAUGAAAGAGUCGAUGUUAGGGUGACAUACAGGGACAGCAGGAACUUCUUUUCCUUGCGAAGCAUUGCAUUUAACAGUGCUGAGGGAAACCAGGUGAAUCGUGUCUUCCAGGGACGUACAUCUUUAUGGGGGAACCUAGCAGAUGGAGACUGUUCAGUGAAGAUAGAGAGGGUCACUAUGGAAGACUCCCUUGUGUAUGCGUUGGCACUGAAGAAGAGUGGAGAUUUACACUGGGGAAAAGCAAAAAGCGUCCACUUGCUUGUCUCAAGUACUCCAGAGAACCCAGUAAUCAGUGGCGUGGAGUCAGUAACAGAGGGACAGUUGGUGACCGUCAACUGCACUGUCAACUAUUUCUGCCCCUCCCAACCACCAGCACUGAAGUGGAACUGGGAGAGAGGAGCCCAAGAAAACAGCAGUGUGCCUCGGAGAGUAGAGAAACUCCAAGCCCAGAAGCUUAUGCUCCUGGCUUCUCUCUCCUUUACAGCCACAUCCCACAUCAAGUCCAGGCUGAGAUGUGAGGCAGUGUUUCCAGGAGACCGAAGAGCAUCAGUUGUGAAGCAUUUUCAAGUAACAUUCUCUCCAAAAGAUGUUGAAGUCCAGGUCCUUAGCUUGAUCAUUCGGGAGGGGGCAAAUAUUUUGCUGACCUGUGUCUGUAAGGCUGACCCCCCUGUGUCAAACUACAAUUGGUCCUACACCCUACAUGGAUAUGUUGUCAACCUCCAGCAGCACACAAACACAAUCCGAGUAUACAACGUGACCCGAGAUAUGAGGUUCAGCUGCUCAGCACAAAAUGCGGUCGGCCGGUCAGAAUCAAAGCCCAUCGAUUUGGACAUUCACUACAAGCCCGUUAUUGUCCAUAGAUCCUCCUCCUGUGUGGUAAAGGAAUUUGAGGUGCUGUGUCUGUGUGCAGUUGACUCCAACCCCAGGCCUGCUGUCACCUGGACCGUCAACGGAAGCCUUCCAUCCAGCAGUUACAACACAUCCGUGAUCUCAUACAAUAAGACCCUAGUUGCUGUUAUGAGGGGGCCCAUGGUUACCCCACUGAGAGUGGUCUGUGUUACCACUAAUUCACUAGGCAACGACUCUCACACCUUGCUGGAAGGAGGAGAAGGGACUAGUUCUCUAUUGUGGAGAGUGAUACUUGCGGCCACCAUUUCAGUACCUGUCUUCCUUCUGUCAAUGUUCCUGCUUUGUUGCUGUCACAGAAGGGUCAAAAAACGUGUCCUGAACACCAGACAUCCUUCAGUGUACCCUGGGGAAUUUGAAAUCUACCAGGACCCAAUGCCCCUCUACAUCAACUGCACUGAAGUUACACACAUCUACAACAAUGGCAGCUACCAGCUUGUAUACCAGAACUGCACCCCUCUGUUUGUUCGCUCAAAGCAGAAGCAGCAUAACUCUCUCUGUCAGAUGGCAAGAAGAGAGGGAGAGAGGACAGCAGGUGAGAGGUGGGGAUGGAGAAGGGAGUCAAGAAGAGGAGGACGUAGAGCUUUCAGAGGACCUAGAAACCCCACCUCCACUGACAAUGAAACAGCAAUCUACUUGGAGAUCAUCUGAGUUCACUCAAAUGAUUUACUUCUCAAAUAAGACUGAUAAUCACUAAUAUUUUUUGGCAAUGCAGCACUAACGCUUGAAAUUUUAUUUGUCUGUAUAACUGUAUAUGUCUGUGUAGUGCUAGGUAAUCAUGCAUUUGAGCCACCCUUGCCAAUUUUAUUAGCUAGACAAUCAUCGAAUGUUGAGAUUCUUUGUUUUCUGCAAUAAAUACGGACUGUAUUUUCUA